GCGUUUUCCGGAUUGCGCUUGCGUUGAUCCUUCCUAUCUACUGAAUAACAGCAUCCCCCAUCACGGAAUGUGAGAGGCAUGUCGCGGAGAAGACGAAGACCCGUACGAAACAAGGAGAAACUGCCUCCUAAGGUGCAGUUACUUACUAGGAAAUUAAGAAGCUCCAAAAAGGUCCUAUCAAUUAAAAAGGCAACUGCAUUCAAAGCUACUAACAAAGCCAAGUUCAGUGUGAAAAAGUCUCCAAAAUCAAAGUCUUCAUCAGUGACCAAGACAGAAAAAAUCAAUGGGGUUUUACAAGUGCCUGAUAAAACUUUACCUGCCAUGGUGGAACAAGGUCAGCAGCAUGAUGUUAAAAAUACAGGAGAGGAAGAAACCAAAUGUGCAGUCAAUGAUCUUUCUAUAAAAGAAGCAUCUUCAUUAUUACCCGAGACAGAGGAAAAAGAGGAAGGAAUGGAAGUUGCAGAAAAUAUUGAUGAAAAUAAAAUAGACACACCUCUUCAGAUUGAUGAAUCCCUUCCAGUUGAUGAGAAAUCAGAAACCACUGACUGCAAUCAUGAAAUAGAAAAUCAAGAAGUUCCUGAAGAAAGUUUUACUGAAAAUAGUCCCAAAUCACCGAAUUCAUCCGUUGAAAACAUGGAAAUAGUUCAAAAUAUAGAAGAAGAAACAAAUGUUUCCAAUGCUCAAAAUAUGUGCACAGUAUGCAACAUAGUCACAGAUUCUUCUGCAUCUUUAACACUACAUAUGAAGCAACACAGUGUAACAAAUAAUCAAAUACACAAAUGCCUAAUUUGUUUAAAGUCCCUUAGUUCUGCUAGUUCUCUUGAUCGCCACAUGCUAGUUCAUUCUGGUGAGCGACCUUUUAAGUGUAAGUUAUGUGAUAUGUCUUUUACCACUAAUGGUAACAUGCAUCGACAUAUGCGCACCCAUGGGGAGUUUGAUGCAUCAGAUAGCACAAAAUCUUUAGAUCUCAGGAAGAAGGAUGUAGCAAAAGGAAAAACCGAUGAAGAUAUGGGAGAUGAAUCUAAACCUUCUGAAGAAAAGCUACAUUGUCCUGUUUGUGGAAAGACUUUUUUAUGUGACUUAGGUCUCCAAAGUCAUAUGGAAACUCACCCCAAUGAUCCUAUAAGAUGUCAAAAGUGUGAAAUAAUAUCUGUCAAUUAUUCUGCUCAUACUGAUCAUAAAUGCAAUAUUUUAGAGUGCAAGUUACCUGUUAAAUGUUAUCCUUUUCCUUGUGGUUUCCAAGAAUUGAAUUUCAUGGAUUUUACAGCUGAUAAGUUUUCUUUAGUGUCUAAAUCCUUUUGUGAGCAAAAUAUCAAACGUCCUAGUAGUGCCUUUCAUGUAUUUGAAUGUUCAGAAUGUAAAAAAGCAUUUCCUUGUGGACGAGCUUUAAAACUCCAUCAAAGAGUACAUGAAACCAAAGUUGGAACCUUUUGUCCAAGUUGCCAGUGCGAUUUUGCAGCAGCAUCUUUUCUUCAGUUGCAUCAGUUGAAACAUCGAUCUCCUGAACAUUGUCUUAACAACUCAUUUUCUGGCGAAGUUGUGCAUGAUGCACAGAAUCAUUCUUCACAUGCAGGAAAAGAGGACUUUUUGGCUUUGCUCAAUCUUCAGACUAAACAAUCUCAGUUAUCUUUCAUCAAAGGCUUGAAGUCUUAUCCUGUGAAAGAGGACAACUUUGAGAAUUUUGAUUAUUUUGUUCAUGGAAAAGUUAGCAACAAAGAAACAAAAGUGGGGGAUGCUGAUGCAAGCAAUAACAACAAUAAUAAUGAUUUUGCUGAUAUACAAUCUAUUAUAUCUCUUACCUCUAAAGCACCUUUAAUUUCUGCUGCACAAACUUCUCCUGUUGCAGUUCGUCCUGUAUCACCAUUGUCUGUGCCUUCAUCACAGCAACCUAAAUCUCCUGAGAUUGCUGAAUCAGCUAAUGCAAGUCCUGAUACUCCGUCCAAAGAAGUUGUUUGCAUUGAUAACCAUGAUGUGCCUGACAUUAAUUCUACUUCAGAUGCUCAUGGACUAUAUUCUUGUAAAAUAUGUUCUCAGAAAUUUAAAAAUAUCAGUACAUUAAAGAGGCAUUGCAAAUUGCAUAUGCAAAGGGGUUCAAAUUAUUCAUGUCAUCUUUGUACUUAUGCUAGUGUUGACAAGAGUACCCUUAUAAGGCACCUCAGAACUCAUAAUGGAGAAAGGCCAUUUCAGUGUGUAAUUUGUAAGUAUGCUUUUACUACUAAAGCAAAUUGUGAACGUCAUGUUCGGAAGCGGCAUAAGAAAUUCGGAAAGGCUGAAAUUCGCAAUGCAAUGCAAUACAAUCCUAACAUGUCUCUAAGAGGAACUGAUCCUUCUACUUCAGAUAUUAGUAAUUCAGAAACUGUUUGUAAAUACUGUGGUGUUGAUUUUAAGUUUAACAGAGUAUUACGGCAUCAUCUGCGUUCACUUCACAAUAGCUGUAAUAGAAAACCAUUUAGUUGUAAAAUAUGUAAAUUUGGAUUUUCUACUAAAAAUAAUUGUAUCAGACAUGUACUCAAACAGCAUCCAAAUCUGAAAGAUAAACUUAGAUCAGUUGUAAUUCCAAAUUCUCAAAUGUCCCAGAUUCCAAAUGCAGAAUUAACUAGUGGGACUGAUAAUUCGAAUUCAUCGUCUGUUAACCAUUCUGCGUGUGAGCAAGUACAACCUUUAGAUUUGCAUUGUGAUAAUAGUGAUAAACCUUUAGAUUUACAGACAGAAAAAAAUUCAUAUGAGUUUAAUGCCAAUGAGACUGUCAUAGCUGCUGAAAGCCUUGUAAGUCUUUCUAAUGCUCCACCUCUUCAAGAAGAACCUCUUGACCUUGCUGCCCAUCCUUUGGACUUGACUUGCAAACCUCUCUCAGCAGUUACGAAAAAACUAGACUCGAGACCAAGCAGUAUAUUUAAUAGACCUUCGUAUAUGAAUAAGGCUUCAAGCUUUGUUGAUUUAACUACCUCAAAAUCCAUCACUGUACCUGAGAACAAAAUACAAAUAUCACCAUUACCAAUGACUAAUAAUAAUAAUUGCUCAAAAAAGCCAGAAAGCAUAGUUCCAAAUGAAACACCAGCAAAUUCCUCUGGACAGAAACAUCGGUCUUUCACAUGUGUGUACUGUUGUGCAGGAUUCACUUUGAAAUCUAACAUGGAAAGGCAUAUUAAAAGAAAACAUCCUGAAUUUGCUAGACCUACUCGCAGCAGAAAUUUUAUUCCUAGCAUAGUUUCAUCAAAUUUACAGAAACAGAGUCCAUCAACACUGUCUGAUAAAACAAGAGAUGCUUUGAGACAUGUAUUAAGCUCCAAGGUGCAACAAAUGCCUAUUUAUAAAAAUCUGAAUUCGGGGCCUUUUCCCAAAAUGGGGAAUACAUUUAAAAUAGUUAGCUCACCUCAUAAUUUCAUUACUCCUGUUGCUUCAAUUCCUGGAGCUAAAUCCACUGUGAAUGUUUCUCUGGAUUUAAGUGGGAAGCCUAAAAAAAUAACUGUAGUUGAUAUGAAUGCUUCAAAUGUCCUUAAGCUUUCUGAAAAUAAUGAUGAAGCUUGCUCUGAUUUAGCAAGUGUAUCAUCAGUAAUUUGCACUGCAAAUUCUCCCCAGUUUAAGCAGUACUUAGAAAAAUCAUCAGAUUUAGAAAAAAUGGAAGUGAACCAAAAAGAUGACGUGAAAGUGACUUCUGAAGAAGUUAGCAGUGUCAAAAAAAGUGAUAUGCCAUCAGUGUCUUGCCCAUUUUGUGAACGUAAAUUUCCAUGGACUAGCUCUCUUCGCCGUCAUAUUCUUACACAUACUGGUCAGAAGCCAUAUAAAUGUCCUAAGUGUUCUCUAUGGUUUACCACAAAAUCAAAUUGUGAAAGACACUUGAUACGCAAGCAUGGUCACAAGGGAGAUUUAAUAACUCGCAGUGUUCCUGACCGUCCAUAUAAAUGCAAUCACUGCUUAACAAGUACUUUCUCUACACAAGGCAAUCUUCGAAAGCAUUUUUAUCUAAAACACUGGACCAAGAGUUAUUUAGGUAUGAACUGCAAGCCUAUUCAAAGUGAUAAAAAGAAUGAUGCAAGUAUAUCUGUUUCUACUCUUGAAAACAAAUUAGAUGUACCGUCUAUCUCGACGGUAACUGCUCAAGAGCACAGUUACAGUCAGCCAGAGAGAAAGCACAAGUUCCCUUGUCACUUCUGUGAUGACAGCUUUAAAAAUAUGGUAGAUUUAAGCAACCAUAUGUUGAAGCAUCCUAGUGUCAUAUAUAUGUGUUACUUAUGUCGUAAAACAUUCCCUACUCAUACGACAUGUUACAGUCAUUUUAAAACUUCACAUUCAUUAGUUUACAUGCAAAUUACACAGAAUGAAAAUAUCAGCGUUUCUGCAGAAGAUAAUAACAAUGAUGAAAUCCCUGAAAUUGCUGCAGAUGAGAAAAGUAUUUCUUCUGUUGCAUGUAUGGUAUGUUUUCAGAAAAUGCCUUCAGUAGAAGGGCUUCAGCAACAUUUUAAGAAACAUUUAUUGAAAGAAAAAGUAUCUAGUAAUCAAGAGCAAGCUGUUUCAAAAGAAACAGUAUUGUCUUCAACAGAAACACAAAUUACCAGUUCGGGUUUAUCAGAGCCAGCUUCUCUUCCACUUGCCAACAAGAGAGGUAGGCCUACUAAAAAUAAAGUAAAAAAUUCACUUUUGUACCUUUUCACGCCACCUUCUAGUUGUAAUGCACAGAAGGCAACAAGAAGUAGUAAUUCAAAAAUGGAGAUAGUUUCACCAGAGGAAGAUUCAGAUUUGAUUCAGAAUUUACUUGGCAUUCAUGAUUCAAGGAUGAUUGAUGAGAUGUUAGUGUCAGCAGAUUCUGCUGCUCGACUUUUGGGUGUUAAAGAAUUGUAAAUAAUAAUUUUAUCUUUAAAAAAAAAUUAAUGUUUGUACAGCAAAAUAAUUUGGGUAAUUAUUAUAUUUCUGUUUUAAAUUCUAAAAUACUUUAGGAUUAGCAUGUUGAAUAAUGUAAUUAAUUUCAUACUAAUUAUUUGUAACUUUUUUUGGUGAUUAAUGGAAUUUAGCUGUUUAUUGUCAGUCAUUCAUUAUUUUCCAAUAAGUGUAUUGUGAUAAUCUGUAUAAAAUACUGAUUUUUUUUUAUGUGAGUAUAUUACAAACUAUUUAUGAUUUCAUGAAAAGUGAUUCCAUUGCCUUAGACAUAUAUAUAUCAAGUGAAUAAUACUAAAAAUAUAAAGUGAGGAAAUAUUGGAGUAUAUUAUAUAUAUAUAUAUCAGCAUUAUUUGUGUUUUAUCAAAGAUAGCCUUGUGUGAAAGGAUCAUAAACAUGAAAAUAUGUAUUGCAUAUUGUUGGAGAAAAAUAUUAAUUUUAAAAUAUAUAUACAUUUUCAAUAUGUGUAUUGAAUAAUACAAGCAAUAUAAUAUACAUUCAAUAUGUGUAUUUAUUUUCAGUAUAGAUAAAACAAGAAAUUGGGUUACAUUAAAAAAAUGUAUUCAUUUUUAUUUCCUUCCUUAAUAUAUUAAAAUAAUAUAAACAGAUAAUAAAAUUUUUUUCAAGUAUUCUUUAUUUAAUAUGUUAUAAAAGUAAUAAUUCAUUGCCACUAUAACAUGCUAGAACUGGCUUUGUGCAGAAAUGUGCUAAAGAACAUGAGAUAUUAAUUUUAAGAAGCUGUCAUUAUAUUGUUCCCCCCCUCGCCUGUAGGGGAAGAGUAUUAAAAAGAGAUUACAUUUUAUUUUUACUUUAAAAAUUUUCUGAAAGUCAUUAACAAAACAAUUUUUAUUUAACUUAAUUUAAAUUUGCAUUUUAGAAUUCAUAAAGUGAAAGAAAAUACUUGAACAAAAAUUCUAAUAUGUUGUAAUUUUAAGUAUUAAAAUACAGAUUAUAAAUUCCUGUGGUAACAAAUAUAUUAACUUUACUGUGCAAGCCAUGUAUAUUGAUUUGAAAUUUAUAAAAAUCUCUGUAUGAGUGUUGCUUAACAUCUAUCCUGCUUCUUUACACACACAUAAAAUAGUAGAGAAAUUGUUUCAUUAUCUUAAUUUAACAAAUUCUGAUUUUCUUUUAUUCAACUAAUGGACUUUUAAAGAAUGUAAUUUAUAAUUCAUAGUCAUAUUAGCUACUUCAUAUUUUAAAAGUAAAAAUAUUGAAAUUAAACAUAUAGGAAUAUUUUUCUGCAUAUUUAACAGCUGUAUAAACAAAUCAUAGUAGAAAAAAAAAGGUUUUAUGGAUACAUGUCAAUUACAUUUUUCUCAUCCGUUAUGAACUUCAUGAAAAACAUUCUGUGCUUAAAUGAAAAGUAUUAGAUGUAUAAUCACUUUGCCUUGUAUUAGAGAUUCAGCAAAAUUCAGAUAUGAAAUUAAUUUUAAAGAUUUAUUUGUAUAAACCUUCAGUAUCAAUAUUCUAUAUUUUGUAUAUAUGUAUAUGCAAUUAUGUGCUAAUGUAUAAUCUAUUAAUAGCUUUAGGCAAAUAUGAAUUAUUAUUGUAUGGAAGUAUUUUAUUAAUGUUUUAUAACAGAUUCAUUUUUGUAGCCUUGGUAGUUUUCUGAAAUGAGUGUAAUUAACAUUCCUUCAUUAUUUGUAGAUAUUUUGAUUCAUUGUGGAUUUUUGUUUAUUUCUGAGACCAAUUUUAAAUGAAAGUAAUAUGCCUUGAAAAUGUUCAUAUAUAUUUUAGAUUACUGAAAAUUGUUACUUUGAAGUGCCUAUAAUCCACAUACCAAUACAAUUUGUGUUGUCUACUGUUCAGUGUAAAAUUAUGAAUACUAGACAUUAAUGUAUAUAUGAACUUAUAUUACUUCUUUUUGCUCAGGCUGUAAUAGACUGUUUAUCAUGUUGAUCAGUAUGGCAUUAAUGGAGAAGUAUUGACCAAUGAUGUGAUGUAACAAUUCCAUUUUUAUCAGUUGCUCUUGGUUAAAAAGCUGCAGUUAAUAGUUUUACAGGUUGCAAUUCAAUACAGAAGUCUUAAUUUGUGGUUGGUUGUUAAAAUUGAUAUGUAGUGCAAGUUAUUGUGGCAUUUCAUAUGUUCUUAUAUCAUAAAAGCAUAAAUCUUCAAGAUAUAGAAUUUUAUUAUAUUUAGAUUUUUUUAAGUAUGUUAAUAUUUAAAACUAUAUUUUUGCUUUUAAAAUGUUAAUGUUGCCAAAUAAAAUCCGUCCGCUUCAAUCACUUUUAGCAACUUUGGUAAUUUUUAUAUAUAUCUGUAACUGUUGUCAGUUGUAAUAAUGUUAUAAUAUACUGAAUAAUUUAACUUCUUUUACUAGACAGUAUUGGUUCAUUUGGAUUAUUUUAAGAUUUGCUUAUGGUUAGAACUUGAUGUACUGUUAAAAGGUCUUUAAUGUGUUAAAAAAUAGCUAUUUAAAAUUUAGACAUAAGAUUCUAAAUUAAUAAUCUGUCAUAAUUUCUGUUUAAUUUUUAGACAUUUUUAAAUGAAUGUAUUUUCAUCCAACGUUAGUUAAAUGACCAUUUUAUACAAUUGAUUAAAUUAUGUAUGAAUACUUUUAUCCUGAACAGUUAUAACUAGAAAACAUCCAAAAAUGAUUGUGACUAUUGUUAUUUGUUAUUAAAAAACUGUACUAUUCUACAAAUCAAAAUUGCCUUGUAUAUAAUAUUGGUUAAAAUACUUUGUUAUUUAUAAUUACACUAGAAUUCAAAUAAUAAAACUGUUAUUAAAAAGUUCAAUGUUUAGCAAAAGGAAUUAUAUUCCUUAGCCUUUUUAUCUGAUGUGAAAACAAAUUAUAUGUUUUAUCAUCACCCCAAAAACUACAGCUAUCACUUUCAGUGUCUUAUAUUAUGAUAAUAUAUUUAAAAAUGAAUAUUAGCUUUGAAUCAUAUUAAAAAAUAUUAUGUGGUUGUUGCUAAUACUGAAUUCUGGCAUCAUCAUAUAUAUAUAUAUAUAUAUACACAUGCCUUAUAAUCAAUCAAUCUAAUGUGUGCACAUUUGUACCAUUUCUUGUUGAACAGUCAAUUACAAACCCACUGCUCGUUCUUUAAGCACCAGUAGUAAGGGCGUACUUUGUGCCCCAAUAACUUCUCAUCCAAUUUUUAUUAGUUCUUGGUACUGGAUCCAAGGAUCUAAUACCCUCUCCCCCUGUCUUCUGAAGGAAACUUUUUUGAGUUAAUAGAUUUUAUGCAUUUUUCCUUUAUAAGGAUGCUGCUAUACACAGAUAAUUAUGCCAUGGAUUCAGAUUUGUUCAUUUCAGUGUGAGAGCAACCUUCACUGGCCACCAUAUCAAUCAUAUGGCUAAAAUUAGAAUGUUAUAAGGUAUAACUACAUUUCACUGGGCAAAAAAUCUCUGAAAGUGCUUUUCUAGAAACAAAUUUUUGUAUAGAUUUGUGGUUUUAAUGUGGUGUCAACAAUGUUUUUAAAAGUGCAAUUUCACUUUAUGACAAGUGCUGUCAUUUAAACUUGGUACAAAAUUACCCAUAUUAUAUUAAAAAUGUGAAACAAAGUAAUAGUGUAAAAAUAUUCUUGUUAAAUUCAUAAACUUAAUAAUUAUUAUAUUUAAUGAAAUUAUUUAUGUACUUUUAAAGAUAACAGCUUACAUAGUAUGAGGUUAUUAUCUGAAAGUUUGGAAAAUGUUUAUUAAUUUAUAUCAUGUCCUCCAUAGUUUUCAAAUGAAUCUCAUUAGCAAUCAAUGACCCUGUUGAUCUCAGCACCAUUCCCUUAACAGGAAAAUCUUUAUUGUCAUCAUUUGUACAAUGUUCAGCAUCAACUGCAGUUCUUCUAAUGCAGUUCUAAUGUUCUUCAACUGCCGUUCAUGAAUGAAAUCUUUAUAUAUUUUAUCUUCAUUUUCAUUUAGUGAAAGGAGAAAAGUUACUGGAACUUAAUCUGGUGAAUAAAAAGAAUAAAGCAUAUCCAAUAAAAUUUGAAAAUCCGGCAACAUUGCAGGUAUUAUGAAAUUUCUGUCCAAGAUAUUUCAAGAUGAUUUCAUGUGCUUUUGAAAAUUCUUUAGGGAUAUUAUAAACAAGGGACAUCUAGAAUAGUCAUCAACUGACAUUUAGUUAUUUUUUAAAUAAAUACAUGUAGGUUAUCAUCUAGCAUUAGCAUUUUUGCAAAAAAAUGGUUGAAACAUUUUAUGAGUAACUUUAUCACUUUCGCCAAGCCUAUAGCAGCAUUUAAUGCAUAUAUCAUAGCUCAUUUAAUGCAUUAAUUCUCAAGUGCAAUAAAAUUGUUAAACAAACCAGACCCAGUGUUAAAAAAUCAUGAGGAAAAAAAUUCUAUAGAAAGGAUCUUCUAGGUCAUAAAUAAGCGAUGUGGACUUUUUUUCACAUUUUUCAUGAACUUUUAGAUAGCAUCUCAUAAAUCACUGGUAAAUAUUUAAAAAAAUAAUAAACAUUUUGUUUUUGAUGAGUUGUGUGACAGGUUUUUCACUCUUUAUAUGCUUAUUAAAUUGAACUAAAUUUGAAUUGCAUGUAUAUGAAUUGUUCUGUGCUGUUUUGUUUAAAUAUAUUUUAGUUCAUUGUUGUACAUAUACUUUUUAACAACAAAGGUAACUGAAGAAUUUACUUUUUGUAAUUAAUUUAUUAUGUUAUUAGCAUAAAAAGCCAACAAUGUCAGAUGCAAUAGUUUUAUUCACACAAAAAACUCUUCAGUAAUCAUUAGAUAUGUUUAAUGUCAUAUUCAGUGUAAUCAUAAACAGAACUCUGAUGAUUACAUAAUUUUUACUUUUGAAACUAACAUAAUUACUGUACUAAUUAAAAACAGCUUUGCAAAUUAAAAGUUAGACUAAAAAUAUAUAUGCUUAGCAUUGGAUUAUUUAAUCAAAAAUGAACCAGCAAUUUUUAUUUGGAAAGAAUUGCAGUAAAAUUCUAUUAAGAAGCUUUUCAAAGACUAAAGGGUUAGGAUUUUCUUAUGUGGAAAAAUAUAUAGUAAGAAGAGUGUUUAUUAAAAGUGACAGGAUAAAUAGUGGAUAAUUUGAAACACCAGCGGUGUCAAAAAGGACAAUUAACAGAUUUUUUGUGGUGAGCUGUAAUAAAGAAGGUCUAUGUUUUUGGUAGAACUAACUAACUAUAGAAAGACUCCGCUUGACAUAGACCAUGUAACUUACCACAGUUUUCUGAAUUGCAGGAUUCAGUAGCCAGAAUAUGUGAUCAAACUAUAAGAGGUACAAGGUCUGCAAAUAAAGCAAUGAGAGUUUUCCAAAGAGCAAUUUCAUUUUCAUUUAAAUUAUAAAUCCACUCCAUUCCUUUUAAAAUAUUCCCUUGGGAGGCCAUAUAUUGCCAGAGAUGAUAUUCCUCCUCUUCAAUGAAAUUCAAAUGAUUUCAAAUGAGAUUUUUUGAAGUUGGAACUCUGAGACAGGAAAAAGUUGCAGAGAUAGAUAAGGCAUAUAUAGGGGCUGAGGGACAUUAGGGAUGCCUUUUCAAUUGAAAAAUUCUAUUAGGAAGAGCACUGUGUGAAAAGAUGCAUUGAUUGAUGAAGCAUUCUAAUUUUUUUUAUAUAUGGUUUAAAUUUAGUUUUUUCGUGAUUAGUAUCUCGCAGUCAUUUGAAGGUCUGAUUAUAAGAUCCCUAAUUUUGUUCACAUUUUUAUCAGUUGUUCAUUUAUAUAUAAGUUUUCUGGAGUGAGAAUCUUUUUUCAAUUGAUUCUUGUCUUUUUAAAAGACCAAAAUCCACUUGAAAACUUUUACUCUUCGCAAAGCAGAGUUUCCAUAGCCUGUUAAAUUUUUGCAAAAGUCACGUAAAGAAAAAAACAUUGCUCAAAACUCAGAUCAUUUGUUUUCAUGAUACCAGAGGGAAAAAAUCACGAAUAACAGAAUACAUUUGAACUCUAUGAAGUUGCUGCUAAGUAUAUGAGAGGCUGACUUUCUUGCCUUAUAGAAGGCAACUGCUCUUGCCCAUCAUGUAGUUUGCUACAUGACCAGUCUCAUUAAUUUAUCUUAAAACUUUGUAUUAAUAUGUAUUUAUUUACUGACUUUUAUCACCUAGUUAAAUAGUGUAGCAAAUACACAACUGGCUAGGUUGUAUUGGUUUAUCAACUGAAAACUGUGUGAAAGCUUCCUGUCUUGUGAGUAGACACAGUUUUUAGUAUAGAAUGUAUAUAUAGCUUGUUAAAUAGCAACAUAUUGGUUAAUCAAUUAAAAAUAUUUCAUCUUCUAGAGAAAUAAAAUUUUUAUACUCUUAUCUUAGAAAAAGACUUAACUGACCUAGCAAAAUUUCAUAAAAUAAUAUAUCCUUGAUGUAAAAAAUUUUACAUCUUGGACAUGAAAAUUUAAGAAGUGAGAAUUUUAUUGGGAAUGUUUAUCUUUUGAAUUUCAUUUUCAAACUUUAAAAAUCAAGACUUAGCGGGAACAUUUUGUGGGUUCUGUUGUUGGUGAAUCUAGAGAGAGUAUAUACAAAUAAAUAAUAAUGCAGCAAAUAAUUUUUUAAAUGUUAAAGUGUGAAGAAAAUCAAUUAACUCUUUAGUAACUGAUAUUUUUCACAAAAGCUGUUAUAAAAGUACUUUAAAAAACUUGAAUAGUACUUUUAAAAUUUUAAGUGGAAUGUGUAAUUAAUACUGCUAUUUGAUUUUCAUGAGACUUAAAGCAUUAGAAAUUUUAGUAUGUUCAAGUUGAGUUUUUAAUUUUUCAGCACUUUGCUAAAAAUUCAGGCUGACAAAAAAAAAUACUGCAUGAAAAUUAGAAAGUGCUAUCGCAACUGUUGUUGUCAAGUGUGAAAAAUAAUAGAUUAAAUAAUUAAAGUUUGCAUAACUAAGACAUCCAGUUACAUGACUAUUAACAUUUUAAAAAAUAGCAUUUUAAUGUUGUUAAUACUGAAGUAAGUAAAAUGCUUAAUUUCAAAAAUUAAACUUGGCAAUAGCUUUGCUUUAAAUAAAUUAGGUAAUAUCUAGAAAACAUGAUGGGAUUUUGUGACUAUCUUAAAAUAUUUUAUUUGUGAUGUCUAAUUCAUCAUCCCUUAUAAAGUUUGUAUUUUAUUUUAUUAAAUUUACAAUAUUUGGAAAACAAAAAUGAUAUAUCUGUAUUACACGAAAUUUUAAUUUUUAAGUUUUUUCUUCUGCCUUAUACAGAAUUAAACCCUUUUCCUUUAUAACAUUAUUUUAAGGUUCUUGGUCUUAUACAUAUAAAAAUAAAUGCUACUGUAGAUGCUUUCUACAUAUUUUAGAUAUAUUUAUUUAUUCAUGUGAAAGAAAAAAGAAAAAAAAAAAAAAAAUACUUGUUCUGUAUGUAACAAGUGCAGUGCAUGAACUUUUGUAUUAUAAAAUUAACCUUAAUACUUUUAUAUAAUAUGAGUAGCUGUUGUUUCUAUCUGUAAUCAUGCCCAAUAACUUAAUUUAAAGUACUUAAAUUAUCAAUAAAUGAACAUCUUUCAAAAUUUCUACCUCCUAGAAUUUCUUUUACAAAAGUUUUAUACCUAACAUUAACAUUAGUAACUACAUGGAUAUAUUUACCUAAAUAAAAUCCACACUACUUUUUACUUGAUUUUGUUUUUAAAUUCUAAACAAAAGGAAGGUUGUGAACAGUGUUUCUUUUGAUUGCACAUUUUUUAAGAUAUAACUGUUUCAUUUAAAUCUUAUAUUUUAAGGUAACUGAUUGCUGACUAUGAAAUUUACACCAACUUCUGUAAAAAUGGUAUUUAGAGUCUUUAACCUUCACUGCAGCAUGACUGCUUUUAUUCAGUCAUGAGAGUUGUUAUCACUUUGUAUAGAUUAUCUUGUUGUUUAAAAUAUUUUGUUUUCAUUUUACUUCAAUAUUACACCACUGGAAUAGAAAAUACAUAAUUAUACAAAAGAAUUGCUAAUAUUGUAAUUCUAGCUAUGUUAAUUAAAUAUGGCUGUUCUUGAACAGAUUCAAAAAGCCAUACUCUCAGAGGGUUUGAGAAUCACAAACAGGAAAGAAAGGGACCAUUUUGUGUAUGAAGAGUUACCAUAACUAUUUAGUGUACAUAUUUUAUAAACAUUUAAUAAAAUAUAUAAAAUGUAUUAAUGAAAAUGUGAUGUGUAUUUUGCUUAUGUGUUGGUUUAUUUUUCACUUUUUUUCUGUAGAAAGAUUUAAGAUAUGUGAAACUCGUUCACAAUCUUGGAUUUUUAUGUUUUCAUCAUAAAGUGGCAUAAUUUAAGUUUCAGGUUAUUUUAUCUGGUGUAGCAUAAUAAAACUAAGGCAAUUAAAAUUACUUUAAUUUUAUUAGUUAAAAUUACCCUAAUUAAAACUAUUUUAUGAAAAAGAAUUAUAUUGCAUUUUCAGAAAAGUGUUUGUGUGUGUAUAUAUAUAUCCCCAAAUAAUAAAGGUUAUGCCAUUUGAGAUUUCAAAGGCUUAUAUUGGCUGCUAAGUCAUUUUUUAAGGAAGAUACAGAGUGGCUCACAAAAAUCUUGCCCACAAGCAUGUAGAGACAGAUACUAAACCUCGUCUCACUUGCUUCAUUGUUGUGAAUGUGUUCAUUAUUCCAUUUUCAGUACAAAAGCUGUAAAGGGUUCAGUUAGAUGUAUUCUGUUCAACAAAGAAUUGACAAAGAAGAGGUUCAUGCCAGGCCAGUUAGGCUGAUUUCUUGUGCACCACCCUGUAUAACUGUAGUUAAAAAUUUAUGGAUUUUUCAUAUCUGAAAUAUCUAUAAUAAAAUGCCUUUGAAGGUAUUUUGUUCAUGUUAAAAAAAGGUACCUUUGCAAGUGACAAUUAAAUCAGAAAUAUUGUAGCCUGUUUUGUUGUUGUAAUAUUGAAGCCUGUUUUAAAUUGACUAUACAAAUAGCAAUAUUAUUGUCAGAGUCAGAUUUUACAGAUCUGUAAGUCAGCAAUACAAGAUUAACAGGGUGUAAUUUAGUAGACAGAUUGCGCAUUUUUAUUUUAUAAUGAAAAAGAAGAUUAAAUCAAGUUUAUUGCUAUAAAUAUUAACAACUAUAAAAUAAUAAUGCACAUUCUUUAUUAGGAAAGCAAACAUAUUUUCACUAGUGCAUAAUUAACAAAAUUUCAUAUUAGCAAUUUAAUGUUUAACAUUACCAAAAAUGUGUAUAGCUAAAAUGUAUGAUAUUGUGUUGUUGCAAUAAUUAAUAACAAAUUUUAUCAUUUGAUAUUUUAAUGCACUAUCACAAGAUUUUUCUUUGUUCCUGAAACUGAGGAAAUUAAUCUUUAUCCCAUAUGUAUUUUGUGCUCAAAUAUUAAGUGCACUUGUAGACUGUAUUUUAUUUAAACUACUACCGGUGAUGAGCAGUUGUAUUAACCAUACCUAGUCUCUUCAUAUUAAAGCCAAUGAAAUUUGUC